AGAUACCAAAAAAAAAAAAACCACUCACCAAAAAUAAAAUAAAACCAGAGCUAGAAGGGGCCUUAUAGCCACACUUGGAAGGCCCCCUCUGCUCCAUUUCCAACAUUUAAAAAAUAAAACGCAUUAGAAAAAAAAAUCUUGAAAAUUUUACCUCUUUGGACCUUUUAAGUUUUGUAUAAAAGAUGGCGCUUGAUGGUGACAAGAAGAAGAAAUGCAUCAUAGCGGGUGUUGUCUCGGGUUUGCUAGUCAUCAUGGUUGUCUCUGUAGCCAUCAUAGCAUCCAAAAACUCACCCAACGAAAACGAGAUCAGGCAAAACACUAAAGCGGUUAAAACAGUUUGUGCACCCACUGACUACAAAGAGACUUGCCUCAAAAGCUUAAUGGACGCGUCUCCCAAAUCCACCGAGCCACUCGCCCUAAUCAAACUCAGCUUCAACGUCACCAUCAAAUCCAUUCAAGAAGGUCUCAAGAAAGCCUCUGAAGACGUUAAACACAAAGCUGACAAACACCCUGAAGCUAAAGACGCUUUUGAGCUUUGCGAGAAGGUAAUGAACGACGCUAUUGCUGAUUUGAAAAAGUGUGGUGAUCAUAAGGUCUCGGUCGAUGAGAUUGAAAAGUUUAUGGAUGAUCUUAGGGUUUGGAUAAGUGGCUCCAUUGCGUUCCAGCAGACUUGUAUUGAUACCUUCGAGGAGAUUAAAUCUACUCUUAAGCACGAUAUGAUCAACAUUUUUAAAAGAUCAAGACAGCUAAGCAGUAAUAGUCUUGCAAUGGUGACUGACCUCAACUCCAACGCCACGGAACUAACCGGAGCUCUUGAAAACUACGCUAGAAAGCUUUUAUCUACUGAUCAAGAAGAUGGUGUGCCAACGUGGGUUGGACCAGAGGCGAGGAGGCUCAUGGGAGCACCGGGAGGACCACCAGUGAAGGCUAAUGCUGUGGUGGCUCAAGACGGAAGUGGACAGUUCAAGACUAUCAACGAUGCUCUAAACGCUGUGCCUAAAGAGAACAAAGUGCCGUUCGUCAUCCACAUCAAAGAAGGUGUAUACAAGGAGAAAGUUGUGGUCACUAGGAAGAUGCCGUACGUCACUUUCAUCGGUGAUGGACCGACCAAGACCGUAAUCACUGGUAGCCUUAACUUCGGUAUAGGAAAAGUCAAGACGUACCUAACAGCUCCCCUAACUCUAGAGGGCGAGCACUUCACAGCGAAGGGCAUCGGGAUGGAGAACACGGCUGGACCAGAAGGAGGACAAGCGGUAGCCUUAAGAGUCUCGGGGGACUACGCCGUGUUCUUCGACUGUCAAAUCGACGGUUACCAAGACACCUUAUACGUUCACUCUCAACGGCAAUUCUACCGUGACUGCACAGUCUCCGGCACCGUGGACUUCAUCUUCGGUGACUCGCAAUGCAUCCUCCAAAACUGCAAAAUCGUCGUGCGCAAACCUAUGGCAGGCCAGUCGUGUAUGGUCACCGCUCAGGGACGCAGCGACGUCCGUGAACCGACGGGAAUAGUGCUCCAUAACUGCCAUAUAGUGGGAGAUCCGGCGUAUAUUCCGGUGAAAACCGCGAGCAAGGCGUAUCUAGGAAGACCGUGGAAGGAGUUCUCGAGGACGAUCGUCAUGAAGACGACCGUCGAUGACGUCAUCGAUCCGGCGGGAUGGCUUCCGUGGAACGGUGACUUCGCGCUCAAGACGUUGUACUAUGCCGAGCAUUUGAAUGUUGGGCCUGGAGCGAAUAAGGCCCAAAGAGUUAGAUGGCCUGGUAUCAAGAAACUGACGCCUGAACAGGCUUUGUCAUACACUGGUGAUAGAUUCUUGAGUGGUAACACGUGGAUUCCACAGACACAAGUUCCGUACACGGCGGGCAUGUAGGAGAUUCCGUUUUGUGAAUCGUUUAACUUCAGGGUUUUACAUCUUUUUUGUUUUUAAUGUGUUUCUCUGAAAUUGUUUUAAGAAUGAUACAUUGAUUCUUUUAAUAGUUAUAUUUUCUUGAUUUA